GCCGACUGUUACGCUGCUCGGGAAUCCGCCGGACCACGCUCGCCCAUCGGCUCCUCCGCACUUUUCUCUCCGCUUGUCGCUUCACGCUCGACAACGUGACGCUGGCGGCGCGACGCAACACCUGAGCCAGCCUGUCCUCACCAUGUCCAUGCAGCUGUCGCGUGGGUCUUCGCGAAAUCUAUCCGUGAACACGGACAAGUAUGAGAGCAUUGAUAAUGGGAUGAGGACGCCCGCAUCCAACAAUACCAGCACCUAUUCAACGAGCUCGACCGUCCAAUCUACCUUUCCUCAGCAGUCCCUCAGCAACCCGUUCAUGGAUCUAGCCGCUGUCCGUCCGACGCCAUCCCAGGCUCAACUAUGCUUCCACGCAUUCCUGGAAAAGGUGGAUCCGCUCGUGAAAGUCGUCCACAAGCCUUCACUAGAAGCGAUCAUACUCCGGCGAACGUACGACGAGGGAGCUCUCACCAAAGGAGAAGACGCGUUGCUCCUUACUAUCUGCUUCACAGCUGCCAUAACCAUGUCAGACAGCGAAGUCGAAGGCUGCUUCAAAAUGCCAAAAAAUGCCGCUUUGAUAACACGUCGCUGCGCCGUUGAGCAAGCCCUCUUGGAAUCCGACCCGUCGACUAUAGAGGAGUUGGCAAUGCUUCAAGCUUUCGUUCUAUACCUGUCAUUCAAUCGAUUCAUGGAUUCAGCGAAACUGACUUGGGCGAUAUGUGCUCUAGCGAAAUGUAUCAGCUCUUCUCUUCAGCUUGGAAGCUACUCGGCAUUCGACUCCGAAAUGGAGAAGCGACUCUGGUGGCAGCUUUGGUAUCUCGACCAAAGGGCCGCGGAAGACCACGGACUGACGCCUUCUAUGGAGAUAGACUUCUCUCCGAGCCUUCCUCUCAACAUCAACGACCAUGAUCUAGUCGCCGAUACAGACUUACUACCCGUACCUCGAAUUGAAUGGACCGAAAUGAGCUUUUGUCUUAUGCGCUUCGAAAUAGCAAAAGCAAGUGAACAAAUUGGAGGACUAUUUCCGCAUUAUCAUGGGCUACAUGACAACGAGCCGUCGUUACUCCCUACUAAGGAAGCCACGAUAAAGGCAUGCCACAGAACCAUACAAUCGACAUAUAUACGAUACUGCGUUGGUUCAGAUCCCAUCCAUUGGCUUGCCCGACAUGUUGCUCGUGUCUUGGUCGCUGAGCUUUGGUUCAAGCUCUACGGGUCCCUGAAGCCUUCACCGCAAACCGAGGCCACUCACAUUCGGCUCGUGCAGAUGGCCAGCGACAUUGUCGACAUUCCAAAACUGCUAAAGGAAGAUGCCCAGGCCAGACAGUGGUCAUGGCUUAUUGAUGCCUACAUUCACUAUCUUCCCUUGGCUUUCAUCCUCACGGAAUCAUGCCAGCUCCCAAACUCCGAGAUUAUGGAACGAGCAUGGAAGGUUGCCGAGGCCGGUUUCACGAGGUGGUCCGGGGACAUCAAAAUCUCAAAGAACGGCGAGAUUCUUUCCGUACUGAUGGCCAAGGCGCGAGCUUACAAGGAGGGCAAGCAGCGGUUUCAGUUCUCCCAGACUUUCACGACCAACCCGACGAAUGCGACUAUGUCUGGAUCUGGAUCGCUCGCUGCGGCCACUGAACAUCCUUAUAUGGCACACUCCUAUUAUGAAAAUCUUGGGGGCGAGUUCAGCGAUUUGGCGUUCGUGCUCGAUAAUUCGGCACUGAACAACUUCAACUUUCAGACGUCCGGCCAAGGACCUCUGCAGGCCACGAAUAUGUAUCAGGAUGUCAACCCCGGAGAAUAUCUCUCGAAUGCUGGAUACGAGCUGCUGGAUUACAAUGCCUUCGAUCAAACCGUUCCAAGUAUAAAGUUCCCUGAAGCUCGAUGAAAGGACCGAUGAGGCGGACAGAGGUUACGUGUGCAGUUUGCCAGGAUGGGUCAAGAUGAAGUUGUUAGCUCGAAUCGUCUCGUUGAAAUUUAUUAUUGGGAUGUAAACUCAACUAGACGAUGUUCCUGUUCGGUUACCGUGUAUGAUAGGGAGGAAAUCUCGGACUGUGCGGCGUUUUGGUGUCAUUAGCGUAGACGGACGAUUAAUGGCGGACACGAUAAUCAAGGGCACACGAACACACUGUCUCCAAUUGGGCUUUCAU